UGUCUUGUCUUGUCAAUUCUUGUAAACAAACAGAUUUCAAAACUUGGGUACUUGGGUCAUGGUAUUUGCUAAGAUUACCUAUAAAAUUAAUUUUUAAAAUAAAGAAUUAAGUAAUACAAGUCAUUAAAAAUGAAGUUUCGGGCAGUAAUUACCGAUGGCCUAGCCAUGAGAGAUUUCAUGAAUAUUUCUUUAAGUCUAUCUAAAUUCUCCAAAGAAUGCAUCAUGAGGAUAACAACAAGAAAAGUAUAUUAUAUAAUAUCUGAAGAGGAAUCAGGACCUCGACGUCCUUUGGUGUGGUGUGAAUUACCUGUAAAUUUUUAUUUCAAAGAGUAUAAUGUUGUUGGUGUUAAUGAUCAAUAUAAUGAAAUUUAUUUAGAGUUUUCAACAGGUUUGUUAGCUCGUUCUCUUUCAAUUUUAAAGCAAGUAGUUAAAACACUCAAAAUCAAGCUAACCAAUAAACAAUCUCCUUGCCUUACAUUGGAAAUGGAUUUGGUUGCUGAAGAAAUUUCCAGCCAAGUUGUUCAUGACAUACCAGUAGAGGUAAUUUCAAGAAAACAUUGGAGUGAUUAUGAGGAACCCAGAUUUAAUGAUUUUCAUGUUUCCAUACAAAUGCCAAAUUUAAAAGCACUUAAAAACAUAGUAGAGAGGUUAAGAAACAUGAGUCACAGCCUUAUAGUUAGUGCUAACAAAAAUGGUAGGCUAACAUUCCAAAUUAAGACCAAUGUAGUUAACGUUGCAGCCCAUUUUACAGAUUUAAGUGUUCAGAGCUUUGCAGUUGGCCAAAUUCCUACAACCGAUGAUGAUGAUGGAGAAGAUCUAAAUUUAAUUUCUUCAACCAUUGAAAUAAAAAAGUUUUUAAUGUUUCUCACUGGAUUACAAAUAAGUAAUUGUAGAACACUAUGUAGCAUAGUCCAUGGAAAAAUGGUAAAGUUGUAUAUGGAACAGCCAGGAGCGUUAUCAAUACAAGUAUUUUUGACUGAAUUAGCAGCUUAAAAAAACAGUUCUUAAUAAGACAAUAUUGGUUCCUCUAUCUUCCUAUCAUGGACACAAAAAGUUGAUUCUGAUCUCCUUGGACCUACAUCAUAUCUCAAAUUCAAUAUUAGAACUGUGUGAGGUUUCUAAUUGACCUCUUUCUUCUGGAAAUAUAAUUGUGUUGUCAUACUUUCAAUUUUGUUUUUUCAAUUUUGUUUAAAUAUAAGUGGCUAUAACAACUAAGUUAACAAUGUGACUUAUCAAACAUUUCUUGAACUUCGUUAUGGUGUAAAUAUCAUUAUUUGUUUGUAUCUCUCAAUCAUCAUGUUAAAUAGAGAAAAUAGAAUUUUUUUAUUUCAGAUGACACAAGGAAAAUGUUUGAAUGAUUGUUUGAUAUAUAGUACCUAAUUUAUUAAUCCAAAUAUUUCUAAAAUAUUUUUAUAACAUCUAGUUUGUUUACUUUCAUAAAUAAAACAAAUAAAGUC